UCCGUAAUAUGGUGACAGACCCCCUUUCACUAGUCUCCGCCAUUUUAAUCUUAUACAACGUUUCAUUUUCUAUUGAAUUUUUCUUUAAUUUGUAUACAUUACAGUUACUCUUCUAAUUAAUUAAUUUAAGUUAAUUCAUCAUGGAUCGUGGUGGAAUGAGAGGUAUGAGAAGAGGUCGUGGUAUGAAUAGCUUUAAAAGUGAUCGUGAUAAUGACUGGAGAAAUAAUAAACCAGUUGGUUACGAAGAACAGCCAAGCCAAGGCACUGGUGGUGGUGGUGGCUAUGGAGGAUUUAAUAAUUAUAGAGGAGGCUCUGGACGAGGCUAUUACAGCGGUGGUAACAGUGGUUUUACAGGCAAUUACGCUGGUGGAGGACGAGGUUACAGUGGAAAUGGUAAUUCAUAUUCUCAUCAGUCUAAUGCUGCAUCGAACUUUAAUUAUAACCGACAAGACGCUGCUGCCUGGACUCGAUUACAGCCUAAGAAUGACAUGAUUGAACAGAGUUUAUUCGGUCAAGGUCAUACUGGAAUUAAUUUUGACAAAUAUGAGGACAUACCGGUGGAAGCAUCCGGUACUGACUGUCCUAAACAUGUCGAAAGUUUUAAAGAAAUUGAAUUUACUGAAAUUAUUCGUCAUAAUGUUGAACUCGCCGGUUACUCUAGACCAACACCAGUUCAAAAGUACGCUAUUCCUGUUAUCUUGAAGAAAAGAGACUUAAUGGCCUGUGCUCAAACUGGUUCAGGUAAAACGGCUGCCUUUCUGGCUCCAAUUCUUAAUAUGAUCUUUGUUAAUGGACCUCCUAAAGAUAUGCCUACUAUACGCUCUGGAGCUAAGAUAAAACAAUACCCCUUGGCUUUAGUUCUUGCACCUACUCGUGAACUUGCUGUACAGAUAUACGAUGAAGCUUGUAAAUUUGCUUAUAGAUCCUGCGUCAGACCCUGUGUUGUUUAUGGUGGAGCUGAUCCAGUUGCCCAAAUGCGAGAUUUAGACAAAGGAUGCCAGGUUUUAGUUGCAACUCCUGGUAGACUGGUUGAUAUGACAGAAAGAGGCAAAGUUGGUCUUGAUAUGGUUCGCUAUCUUGUUCUUGAUGAAGCUGAUCGUAUGUUGGACAUGGGUUUUGAACCUCAAAUUAGAAGAAUUGUUCUACAAGACAGCAUGCCGCCGGUCGGUCAACGUCAGACUCUUAUGUUUUCAGCUACCUUUCCUAAGAAAGUGCAAGAGCUGGCUCGUCAAUUUCUUGACAAUUAUAUCUUCUUAGCUGUCGGUAGAGUUGGAAGUACCUCUGAAAAUAUUACACAAAAAUUUUAUUGGGUUGCUGAAUUAGAGAAAAGAUCAGUUCUUUUAGACAUCCUUGCAGCUGAAGGAUUAAAAGCGGUAGACUCUGCCUCUGAAUCAUUGACAUUGGUGUUUGUUGAGACCAAAAAGGGAGCAGAUUCCCUAGAAACCUUCUUGGACCGUGAAGGAUUUCCAGUAACAAGUAUUCACGGUGAUAGAUCUCAAAGAGAACGUGAAGACGCUUUAAUGUCAUUUAAAACAGGUCGUACACCAAUUCUUGUUGCUACCGCUGUCGCUGCUAGAGGACUUGACAUACCGAAUGUCAAACACGUAAUAAACUUUGAUCUUCCAACCGACAUUGAAGAAUAUGUUCAUCGUAUUGGUCGUACUGGAAGAGUUGGUAAUUUAGGAACUGCUACGUCAUUUUUCAAUGAAAAGAAUAAAAAUAUGGCAGCAGACUUAGUUGAUCUAUUGACUGAGGCUAAACAAGAAAUACCAGAAUGGCUAACAACUCUCGGAAAAGACGUACAAAGUGAACAAAGAAACUCUAAUCAAAGAAAAUAUGGUCAAAGAAGAUAUGGUGCCGGUGGUUUCGGCUCUCGAGAUUAUCGACAAUUUGACAGGGGUGGAGCUCGUUCUAAUGGCCCAAGUAGAAAUGUUUCAAAUGGUUCUUUCGGACAACCCAACAAUUUCGCCGGAUAUAAUGGAGCUGCUCCACCUCAAGGUCAAUACAUGGGCUACCGUGGGGGCAAUUCAUACGGCGGUAAUUACAGUGCUAGCACCGACUGGUGGGGGGCAGUUUGAAUUCAUUUCUGUAUUGUAUGUUAAACAUUGCUUUUUCUUUACCAACUCAGGCGUUAAGGCCAAACGUGAAAAUUUGAUCUUAUGUCUUUCUUACCAUAUAACAUGAUUCCCUUGUAAGAAAGUAAAAAAUCUCAAGUUCAAAACCUUCCAAGACAAUUUUCUUCAAGCUACUAAUCACCUAAAAAAAUUUUGCAGUUUCUUUUUUCACCCAAAGAAAGAAAGAAAAAGAAAGAAAAGAGAAAGAAAAAAAAACUUAACAAAGCAAAGAUAAUUAAACUCAACACAACACACAACACACACAAAGAAACAAAAUCACAUACAUUCUGUUAAAUUGCAACUCAAUCGGAAUAAAUUAAUCCAAUUAAUUAA